AUGCUUGUGAAACUCCCUGUUGCCUUGCUUGCCCUGCUUGCUCCCGUCUUGCAGGCAUCCCCGAUCAAGGCCAAGAGCUUGGUCUUGUCGGGUCAUGAUGUUCGUGCUCCUGAUGACGCAGACGCCGCCUACAAGAUCUUAUAUGCCGCCAGGCAGGAAGACGGCACCGUCAAGCGGGACGAUGCUGAUGCCGCCUACAAGAUCUUGUACGCCACCAGGGAGCAAGAUGGCACUGCCAAGCGCGAUGAUGCCGAUGCCGCCUACAAAAUACUUUAUGCUUCUAGGGAGGAGGAGCAUGAGUCUCACCAGUGA